UGGACGCUUAUUAUAGCACUAUUUUUAUUUUGUUUUGUCGUUUUGCCCAUUUCAUUGUUGCAUGUUUGCGUUUUUGUGCAGUUGUAAAGUGGUGCAUUUAAGGAACAUGCCGGUUUCACGUGGAGACUCGAGUGUUGCUCAACCCAUGCGGGGUUUUAAAUGACCCCCCAAGAGCCGCUUCAUCUUUUGUAUAUUUAAAGACUUUGAGUUUUGUGUCGACUCCGCAUGCAGACCAAGUGUUACAUGCAUCACUGUUAGAAAUGUAAUUAGACUCCUGAUAAUCAUGUUUUAAUAUAAUCUGAGUCUGGUGCAUGCAGUCAAUGCGACCUUACAGCAGACGGCGAUGCGUUCAAACGCCCAUUUGGAAAUCUGCGUUUUUACUUUUAUUAACGUCUUAUUGGGGUAUUUUUCAGUCAAAGAUGUGCAUUCAUGCCCAGUUAGACAGUGGUUUGGUGUUAUGUUGAGGGGGUGAAAUGUCAUCAAUUAAUUAGUUAUUUUUCCUGCGUUGUCACGGCGCAGACUGGUCUGUGUUUAAGUUGUGGCUCAGGUUUCCCAGGCUGUGGCGUUAGAGAAAGGCAGCCUUUAAAACUCUCACUCUGUCUGCAACACACACACACACACACACUGCUGCUUUGUUCUCCACACACAGCCUGCUAUACAUGCACAUACCAUAACAGCCCACCGUGUAGGUCUGCUUCAGUCCAGUCCAGCUUCUCUCAUUCUUUGAUUUAGUAUUGGAAAUUGUUUGCGAAUGAUUUGUAAUAUUCCCUCUGGCUGUUUUCAUGCAACCAUCCAGCAGAUGGUGAGCAGAUAGGAAAAUUAUCCUGAAAGGAGUUGUGAAAGUGUUUGGAUUUUCUGUAGUGAAGCUGAAGUGUUUAUGUAACAGCAGCAGAUUUUAAGUGUUGAUUAACAAAACAAAAAAACAAAAACAAAAAAACACACAAAAGACACCCGUCUUCCUUUACGAGCCAUUGUUUUCCAUAUCAGCAGGCAGCCAGCCUGUUAGUGGACUUUUCUUUCUGAAACUUCUGAGAAAAAAUGCAAAUAGUGGGAAAGAGGUUUUGAGUUUCUGCUCCUGUCUGCCCCAGCUGUUCAUAUGAUGUCAUGGGGAGGGGGUGUUAAUCUUCGGGGUGAUUUAGGGCCUCCCCAGGAGCCGUGGGGCGGGGCCACAGUGAUGUAAACAUAGAUAAAAGGUGGCACACUGCAGAUCGGAGUCUCAGUGUGGAGGAACUGGUUUAAACUUUCACUACAACACGUGUUGCUGCUGUUGGGAUUUGCCCCGCUAACCGGCGCUGCUUUGAACACACUACUGGAUCAGUUUCUCUGGAUUUCAGCCUCAUAGGCUCCACUACCUCUCUCUCAUACAUAUUUUUCUGCCUUAUUUUUUUUUUGUUAUCAGAUUCUGCAAACAUGUUGCAAAGCUUCGCUCAGUCGCAGGACUGGUUUUACUCGGAGCCGCUGCUCUUUGACGAAGAGUUCUGCCAAAGUUUGAUGAAGGACCUCCAGUCGCUGCCGACACCCCCACAGUCCCCCCCCAUGAAGGCCGACUUGGGUUGCAGUAAGCCCCUGUCCAAGGAGGACCAGCUGAGCUACGUGUCGGACAUUCUCCUGGAGGACCACGACAUGCAGCUCAACUGGAACUGCGACUUCUUCCACACGGACGCUGCAGAGAAGGACGAGGAGCCCCCCCAGCCCUGCUCCCCUCUGGAGGAGGCUGCUGAGGACUGCCUGUGGCAGUGCCUGGCAGCAGACAAGAGUCUGGAGGAGAAGCUGGUCUCCUCGAUGCUCGGCUCCAGCCCGCUGCUGUCUGACAUCGACACCAGCAUCUUUGAGGAGAUCGCCGGCUCCACGCUCGACUGCCAGAACCUGAUGGACAGUCAGGAGACAAGCGAGGCAACGUCAGACUACGGCUCAACUGCUUGCGAACUGUCCACCUGUUCAUCCAGCGACUCUGAGGAGGAAAUUGAUGUCGUGACGGUGGUGCGCUGUUCCACCAGCUCCUCCCCCCUGCCCUCAUUGGCCGACCUGUCUGUCCGUCAGCAGAAGCAGGAAGAGGAGCAGCGAGCUCUCCAGCGCCACCACUUUGAGAUCCACCUGCAGCACAACUACGCUGCACCCCGCCCGGCGUCGCCACCACCCACAACCACAUCCAACAAGCGUUCAAGAGGGAGCGACGGCUCGUCGCGCUUUCACAGUUCCUCUCGCAGUUCCUCAUCCUCCUCCUCGUCCUCCUCGUCACGGUACCACCACCACCACCACCACCACCACUCCCACUCCUCCCGGAACUCAACAGAGACCGAGGAUGAGGAGGAGCGGCGGCGGACUCACAACGUGAUGGAGCGGCAGCGGCGCAACGAGCUGAAAAACUGCUUCAUGCGCCUCCGCGACAACGUGCCCGAGCUGUCCCACAACGACAAGGCGUCCAAGGUGGUGAUCCUGAAGAAGGCCAGAGACUGCAUUUACGGCCUGGAGAAUGAGGGUCACAGACUGCAAGCCAAGCGAGACAAACUCAAAGCCAAACAGGAAGAGCUGAAAGCCAAGCUAGAGCGGCUCCGCAGCUAAUGGACCAGAGGCGGACAUGGGGCGCAUACUUAGGUGUUUAGAGACAUUGUGGAAGGGUUGAGGGUGGACAAGGGAAAAGACUUUGUACAAAGACUGGGGCCUGGCUAGAGACAAAGGAUGGCGCAUCAUGCUGUAAAGCGCACACAAAGUUUGACAUUUCAAAGACUUUAUUGUGACAGUAGGUCUGGACUGUGUACACUCACACACGCUGUUUCCACGGACAAAGAACACAGCACACUCAUUGCCUCAGAUCAUUCUCAUGCCAUGACUGCUGACUGUUGUAGAGCGUAGGAUAUUUUUAAAAGUUGAAAGAAAGACUGAGUUAGCUUUUUUUUUUUUUCUCUCUUCCUGAAUGCACACUGAAAAAACCAUAUCCUUUGUUAUUGUUUAUUUCUAUAUUUCAAUACAUCUGUAAGUCUUUUCUUUGGGGAUGCUAAAUGGCACCAGUGAUGAUGUCACAGAGUCCCCGUUGGACCAAAUAACUGGAAGCCACAGCAGCUAGGUGUUCAGUAGCUGAAUGAAACUUGAAUAUUGUGAUUUCAGGACGUCUUAUAGCCAUAUAAACCAGUGAUCCCUCCACUCUGUGUUUGAUGGUGGCUUCCAGUUAUUUGGACGACCGGGCCUUUAAAGUCUGACACUAUUCUCAGCGGUUGAUGGGGACGAAGCUUCUUCAGUGUGCGUUCAGCUCUGUCUGGCCUCGCGUGGUCCCUCGGGCCCAACGCCACCCUGUUACCAGGUGACGUGACGGCGACAAUACUGUAGUGACCAGGUUUGAUACUGUACACACAACAAUGCUCGGCCUCAGCUCAGUUCACCAACAGUUCACUCGCCGCGUAUGAGUGGGAGUGUGUGUUUUCUUGAGUCGUCAUUACGCUCCAAGGUAGCCAUAUUAAACAGCAUUCAGGAUUUGAGAACUUGAUUGGGAACUGAGCUGUGGGCCCGGCUGCUGUAGCAAAUCUGCCAAAGUUGGGACAGAAUAAGACCUCUUCAGCAUAUGAUUCUUGUAUGUCAGCCACAGACUAAAGGAUCUGGUUGGAUGUAGCAACAGCAGCUCUGAGUUACCGGUGGAGCCGCUCUGCUACAUCUCUGUUAAGAAAAUGAAUUAAUCAUUGCAAUUAAUUGGUCAGGGGCCCUUAUUUAUCUAUUCGUCUGUGAUGACAAUAGCAGGGGCCACUGACUUUGACCAACAUUCCCUUGUUUUGAAAGAUGGACAGCUUUCAGUGACAUCGUUCAUCAUUAUGGCCAGUUAAAAUAGUCAAAAUGGUUUCUGAAAAGAGCAGUAACACCAAGUUGUAUAUUAAGAGUGUAGAAAUAAGGGUAAAGGCUGUACAUGUUCACCAGGAGCCCGGAUUCAUUAAAUAUCAGGCGUCUGGAGAACUUGUACUUGUAAGUGUUCAUUCAUUAAUAUGCCGUUUUUAAUGAAAUGUGCAAAUGGAAAACAUUGGCGCCUGUGUUUAAAUGUCUUAAAAUGAAUCCUGUUUUAUAUUCAGUUCUUCCUCCUCGAGUCAGAAAGGACUUGAGCCGAUCCUGGUUUUCAGGAAUGACAAUAGAGGUUUUUGUAUAGAAUAACAAACCUGUUUUGCCUUGAAAUGCAUUUUGUUCAGGACUCUGACGUCUGUGUUGCUAUGCUAGGCAAAAAAUGUCUUCUUCCAAAUAUGGCUAGUUUUCAGGGAACUCUUUGUUUCAUUUUCAUCAAGAUUCACAGUCGCAAAAAAACUGCCUUCUAAAGAUUCAGUGAGGUUCUAAGAAGACAGCAGGGACGAUUUUUUUUUUUUUUUUUUUUUAAAUGUUUGUUUUUUAACUUCCUACCUCCAGUUGGCUGCAGUCGGGCCGAUAAUCUUUCUUUUCUGUGUUCAACAUUGUACAGAUUUCUUUUGAAUAUAAUUUUGUUAUUGUAUAAAUUAUUCUCAUUCUUUGUUCAUUUUGUUAAAUUUAAACAAAGCACUUUUUUAUGUAAUUAAAAGUGAAAAUUAGA